AUGCCCACAGCCCUCACGCCCAUGGCGACGCCUCUCCUCGACGAGACACCCGUCUCCAGCGUCCUCCGCAAUCCGCCUGCCCCCACCUCCACCAAUUCUUCGUCUUUACCCCCAGUCUCCUCCUCCCUGAACGUCACAUCCAUCGCCUCCAAUCUGGGCCCUGUGCCCGCGCCCGCGCCCUUGCCAUCUAGCCUCGAUCAUGCCUCCUACACCGCCGCCGCACCAGAGGCUCCCUCCGGCACCGUGGUGAUCGUCUACCAGCCCGGCCAGGAACACAUUGUGCAUAUGGUGGCGGAAGUCCCAGGCAAGCCCUGGACCACAGAAAUCGUACUCUCGACCCUCUCCAAAGCAGACGUGGUCGUGGCAGGCGUGGUCAGAGAUAAUCUGGAGCGCAGUCUAGAAGGUUGCGACAGGGCAGCAGUCGUACUGGUGAACACGCACAGUGUAGAGGACGGGUCCGCCCCAGACGACGCGCUAAGCGAACACUGCGAUUACGAAUUUCUAUACUCGCGCACCCCAUUCCUACGGCGCGAUCUGACGCGAUUCUUAUCGUUAAUUCUGGGCCAGACGAGACCGCAUGAGGAUUUGCGGACGAAGACUCGCACCAAUUUUAUCUCGACGACUUUUCCCGAUGUACACGCCGCGCUGCCGAACCUGGAUAUUCUCUCCGUAGGCUCGGAUGCGGUUGAGAUUCGCGUGGAUCUGCUCGUUGAGCCGGAGUGUGAGGGCAAGGUGCCGAGCUUGAAAUAUGUUGGUCAACAAUUGAUGCUCCUUCGGCAGCAUACCGAGUUGCCGAUUAUCUUCACGACUCGCUGUAUAAAGGAGAAUGGGAAAUUUCCCAUGGAUGACCCAGCGCUGUUCUUCAAGUAUCUUCGUCGGGCGAUACAGUGGGGCGUGGAGUAUGUGGAUGUGGAAUUGUGGCUUCCAGAGGAUAUCCGACGAGCACUCGCCGAGGUGAAGGGGAACAGCAUCAUAAUGUCUGCCUUCCACGACUUCUCGGGAAGCUGGAAAUGGACCUCACCCUCCGCAGUGGAAAUAUUCAACGAGAGCGCCAAAUACAGCGACAUCGUGAAAAUGAUCGCUAUGGUCUCGACCAUCGAAGAGAACUACGAGCUCGAAUACUUCCGCUCAACAAUCAAAUCCCGCGGCGCAGGCCGUCCUCUCCUCUCCGCCGUGAAUAUGGGUCAAAUGGGCCAACUCUCCCGAGCCCUAAACACCGUCUUCUCCCCAAUAACCCACCCACUCCUGCCCAUGAUCGCCGCACCGGGCCAACUAACCGCCGCGGAAAUCAACGAAGCCCUGCACAUAAUGGGCCAGCUACCGAAACGCGACCUAUACGCCAUCGGCUCAUUCCGCUCCACGCCUCAAUCAAUGUUCAUGGAGAAAUGCAUGAACGAACUCGGUCUCCCGCACUCAUUCACCUGCAUCGACCGCGGCCCAAAGGGCUCAAUGGAAUCCGUCCUCUUACACCCUCAAUUCGGCGGCGCCUCUUUAAACCCACCCCCCCCCCUAUCCUCAAAUCCCAUGGCCACCCCCUCCACCCCGAAAACGACCUUUAUCGGCGAAAAUUCCGCAUGGAAGGGUAUUCGCGCUACCCUAACACGCGACUACGUCCCAUCAGCAUACAAAAACCGCGCCGCAAUAAUCCUCUCUGGAACCGAGUCCGAUGCCUCGGCAACAAUCUUCGCCUUGCGCAGUCUGGGCGUCGGAUCAAUCUACACUGUUGGAUUUAAGGCUCAUGGACCACUAGCCGCGGGUCUGGAACCAUUUACAUCGAUCCAGUCGGUGAAAUUGGUUGAAUCGCCAUUCGUUAUUGUCAGUGCUCUGCCGCCGGAGAAGUCGUUGCUUGUUCAGCCUUUGCUGCGCCAUUAUAGAUCUAAUGGCCGCUCUUCGCCGACGAGUACUCGGGGCAAGGUUUAUCUUGAUCUUACCUCUGGUGCGAGAAAGGGUGAUCCCCUUGCUGUGGCUCGGGCGGCUGGGUGGACGGCGUAUGGGGCUGAGGAUGUUACGGCUUGGACGACUGUUGAGACGUUGAGAUUGCUUGUUGGUCAGAAUGUGCCGUUUGAUUUUGUUCGGAUGGCGAGUGGGAGGUCUCUGUUUUAG